CUACCCGUAGCUGGUUUAAACCAACACGGACAUGAGUCGAAACACCAGUUGAUAGCUUCAGCUCCUGAAAUAAUUUUCCAACUGGUGUAAACACAUGUUUUGCAGUGUUGAUGAAUAUGCCACAAAAUGUUUUGUUUGUUAUUGUAAAGAAAAAAUACUUUUGCAAAAUUGGGGCGAGUUUGCGAACUAGUCGGCGAGAGAGCCAUUCAUGACAGCAAGCUAACUACUAGCAAGCAAGCUCUAGCUCGCUAACGUUAGCUAUCAGUGUAGCGAGUGCAAGAGUCAGACGAUUAAUUCAAACGCUGUUGUCAAGAAAACGUGUAUCCUUUCAUAUCAUAGUAGUCAGCUAGCAAGCCAGCCAGUCAGUCAGCAAAAUGAGGAUACGUUCGUCUGUUUUUGCCUGUUUUUGUCUCAUACUGGAGGUAUUAGGCAUUGCCUUGUUUCUUAGGGGAUUUUUCCCAGUCCCUAUCAAAUCUUCUUUUUCAUCGAAGAGCAAGUUGUCAGAUGUUCCGCCUGAACCCUUUACCGGAAGAUCCCUCAACUCCUCCAAAGUCCCAGACGCCCUUUUCAAGAGAGUAGUGAUAGUGUUGAUCGAUGCUCUCAGGGAGGACUUUGUGUUUGGUCCAAAUGGGAGAAAAUACAUGCCUUACAUCAGGCACUUGGUGGAGAGGGGCUCCACACACAGCUUCGUGGCCAAGGCAAGACCUCCUACAGUUACAAUGCCCAGAAUCAAGGCCCUGACCACAGGUAGUAUCCCAGGCUUCAUCGACGUGGUGAUGAACCUGAACUCCCCAGCGCUGCUGGAGGACAACCUCAUCUGGCAGGCCAAGGCAGCGGGCAAGCGGAUGGUGUUCUACGGGGACGACACCUGGGUGAAGCUCUUCCCCAAGCACUUCAUGGAGUAUGAUGGCACGACCUCUUUCUUCGUGUCCGACUACACCGUGGUUGACAACAACGUGACGCGUCACCUAGACAGCACCCUGAAGAGAGACGACUGGGACAUUCUGAUCUUGCACUACCUGGGCCUGGACCACAUCGGCCACAUCAGUGGACCCCACAGCUCCCUCAUCCAGCCCAAACUAAUGGAGAUGGAUGACAUCCUCAAGAAGAUUCAUGGCUCCCUCAUCUUAAAGGAGGCAGAGGGGGCGCUGCCCUACCUGCUGGUGCUGUGUGGGGACCACGGGAUGUCCGAGACGGGCAGCCACGGGGGCUCGUCUGAGCAUGAGGUCAAUACACCCCUGGUGCUCAUCAGCCCCGCCUUCAAGAAGAAAGUAGGGAUGGAGAAACCAUCAACAGUAGAGCAGGUGGACCUGACCCCGACCCUGGCUCUUGGUCUGGGCCUGCCCAUCUCCCAGAACAGCGUGGGCCGACUCAUUCAGCCCGUGGUUGACGAGGCCUCGCUCAGGGACCAGCUGCGCUUUCUGCACCUCAACGGCCACCAGCUGAGCUACCUGCUGAAGGACAGCAUGCCAGCCUAUGAGAAAGAGGAGGGCUAUGAGCAGUUCCGUGUGGCUGAGAAGUCCCAUGGUAACUGGGUGAAGCUGGUGGUGGAGGGCAACACAUCAGAGGUGCUGACCAACAUGGGGAAGAAGGUGUUCAAGCAGUACCUGGAGGCCCUCAGGGCCAUGAGCGAAGCCCUCAGCAAACAGCUGGGCAAAUAUGACAUAUAUUCCAUGGUGGUGGGCAUGGUCCUUGUCUUCCAGCUCCUUCUCCUCCUGCUGCUGGCCAUGCCUGAGGCACUGAGCAGUGCCUCAGAGGUGGAUCUCCCUGUGUCCUCUGCUCUGCUCUCGCUGCCCUUCUACCUGCUGUGCUUGCUCCUCUCCUCCGUGCACGUGCUGGUGUGCACCUCGGCCGAGAGCUCCUGUUACUUCUGCAGCCUCUCCUGGGGACUGGUGUUCGGGGCAGUGGCCCUCUCCUCAGCCCUGCUCUGCAUCCUGGUAUCCAUGGCAGCCAGGAGGGUAGCAAAGCCCCCUGGGAAGUCUCCAUCCCAUGGUGGUGUCAGUGGUGGGUGGUCUCUGUCGGAGCUGGACAUUCUUCUCCUGGCGGGCACGGCUGGCCACACCCUCAGCCUGUCGGCCAGCAGCUUCGUGGAGGAGGAGCACCAGGUCUGGUACUUCCUGCUUAACACCCUCUGCCUGGUAGUCUUCCAAGACGUCUGUCGCAAGUACUUCCAGGAGCGCCGUGCCAACUUUGGGAGCUUGGAGGACGAAGACUACCUCCUCCCCUCCAAUGAGGGGGACGCGGUUGCCUCACCGUUAGCUGAUUUGGGGGUGACGGAUGCAGGUUCGGAGAAGUGGCUGGCCCUGGCUACCCCACCGCUCACCCUGGCGUGUUGUCGUCUGCUGCGCUCGCUCAACCAGACCGGGGUGCAGUGGGCUCACCUGCCUGACCUGGGACACUGGCUCAACAGCUUCGAACACAAGAUGGUGCUAUCCUUGUUCGCCGCCUUGUCAUUGGCUCUGAUCUACUUCCUGGUCCAGCGGAGAUGUUCCUGGGUGUCCAAGAUUGCCCUGGCCCUUGGCCUUCUGGGUGUAUACAGCUACCGGGCGGCGGUGGGCAACGUUGUGUUUCCGUGGCAACAUGGUGGUGGAAACAUGUCCAAGGGGACCGUGGAGGCACGCUUUGUGUAUGUCUUCGUCCUGGGCAUCCUCUUCACGGGCUCCAAGGACCUGUUGCGGUCCCAGGUCAUCACAGCCGAUGCCAGGCUGAAGAGCAGGGGCUUAUGGGAAAUCUACAGUGGUGUGGUUCUGUUGGUGGCCCUGUUGUUCCGAGCCCACAACCUGCCGGUGCUGUGCUGCUGUUUGCUGGUCCAGACUUUGAUGGCCCAGUUCAUCUGGAAGAAGCUCCACUACGACGCUGCACAGACCACCAUCAUGCACUACUGGUUUGGACAGGCCUUCUUCUACUUCCAGGGGAACUCCAACAGCAUUGCCACGGUUGACAUCUCGGUGGGCUUCGUGGGACUGGAGAGCUACGUAGAGGCCCCGGCUUUCUUCCUCACCGCCCUCAGCACGUAUGCCGGGCCCCUGCUCUGGGCUGCCCACCUGGUUUGCUACCUCAGCUCAGAGAAGAGGAGCUCAGUGGCGGUCGGCCAUGGAUGCUACUGCUUGGCCCUUUUGCGGUCCGUGCCGGCGGCGGCCUACGUGGUGUUGGUCACGGCCCUGCGCUACCAUCUCUUCAUCUGGAGCGUCUUCUCACCCAAGCUGCUGUAUGAGUCCAUGCACACACUGCUCACCGCUGCAAUUUGCCUCUUCUUCACCACCAUGGAGCAGAGCCGCAUGCCCUAGGGAGCCCACGGCCCCUGAGGGCUCUCAACUUUCAGGAAGGGGUUAAGGAGAAGGGCAAAGACUCAUGGGUAAUGGUGGUCCUUAUACUGUCCUAGUUGACUUCUGGAUGCCCCACUCCUACACUCUGAAGGAGAAGGUGGGAAUGUACUGUCCACUGCACUGGACUUGUAGGACUGCAGCAUUCACUUGGGUGGCAGGUAGCCUAAUGUUUAAGAGCAUUGGGCCAUUAACCGAAAGGUUGCUGGUUUGAAUCCCUGAGCAGACUAGCUGAAAAAUCUGUCGAUGUACCCUUCAGCAAGACACUUAACCCUAAUUGCUCCUGUAAGUGGCUCUGGAUAAGAGUGUCUGCUAAAUUAAUACAAAAAUGUUCAAAUUCACCUUUUGGUACGCAAUAUCUUUUCUCAGAUGGAACUUUGUCUCUUGUAUGGACUAAAGCACAACUUUUUUAGUAAGAUUAAGAUAUUUUAAGGUGGUGGGUUCUACUGAAGUCUGUUCAGGUAUUUAUUGAGCAGGGCUGAAAAUGGGUAAUGGGGUAAAUUCUAUAAAUCAUUUCAUUUGAAUGUGUCAUUUCAUUUGAAGCACAAUCUCUUGAAAAUGGAUUUGUAUUCCUUCCUUUUGUUGUGGUAUUGUUUGUUUUGUUUCUGUAGACUAGUAAGUUCUUCUGUUGACCCCCGGCUCUGUAGUACUCUAUCCCAGUAGAGUAGUAAGUUCUUCUGUUGACCCCCGGCUCUGUAGUACUCUAUCCCAUUAGAGUAGUAAGUUCUUCUAUUGACCACCGGCUCUGUAGUGCUCUAUCCCAGUAGAGUAGUAAAUUAUUCUAUUGACCACCGGCUCUGUAGUGCUCUAUUCCAGUAGAGUAGUAAGUUAUUCUAUUGACCACCGGCUCUGUAGUGCUCUAUCCCAGUAGAGUAGUAAGUUCUUCUAUUGACCACCGGCUCUGUAGUGCUCUAUCCCAGUAGAGUAGUAAGUUCUUCUGUUGACCCCCAGCUCUGUAGUGCUCUAUCCCAGUAGAGUAGUAAGUUCUUCUAUUGUCCACCGGCUCUGUAGUGCUCUAUCCCAGUAGAGUAGUAAGUUCUUCUAUUGACCCCCGGCUCUGUAGUGCUCUAUCCCAGUAGAGUAGUAAGUUAUUCUAUUGACCACCGGCUCUGUAGUGCUCUAUCCCAGUAGAGUAGUAAGUUAUUCUAUUGUCCACCGGCUCUGUAGUGCUCUAUCCCAGUAGAGUAGUAAGUUCUUCUAUUGACCCCCGGCUCUGUGGUGCUCUAUCCCAGUAGAGUAGUAAGUUCUUCUAUUGACCACCGGCUCUGUGGUGCUCUAUCCCAGUAGAGUAGUAAGUUCUUCUAUUGACCCCCGGCUCUGUAGUGCUCUAUCCCAGUAGAGUAGUAAGUUAUUUUAUUGACCCCCGGCUCUGUAGUGCUCUAUCCCAGUAGAGUAGUAAGUUCUUCUAUUGACCCCCGGCUCUGUAGUGCUCUAUCCCAGUAGAGUAGUAAGUUAUUUUAUUGACCCCCGGCUCUGUAGUGCUCUAUCCCAGUAGAGUAGUAAGUUCUUCUAUUGACCCCCGGCUCUGUAGUGCUCUAUCCCAGUAGAGUAGUAAGUUCUUCUAUUGACCCCCGGCUCUGUGGUGCUCUAUCCCAGUAGAGUAGUAAGUUCUUCUAUUGACCCCCGGCUCUGUAGUGCUCUAUCCCAGUAGAGUAGUAAGUUCUUCUAUUGACCCCCGGCUCUGUAGUGCUCUAUCCCAGUAGAAUAGUAAGUUAUUUUAUUGACCCCCGGCUCUGUAGUGCUCUAUCCCAGUAGAGUAGUAAGUUCUUCUAUUGACCACCGGCUCUGUAGUGCUCUAUCCCAGUAGAGUAGUAAGUUCUUCUAUUGACCCCCGGCUCUGUAGUGCUCUAUCCCAGUAGAAUAGUAAGUUAUUUUAUUGACCCCCGGCUCUGUAGUGCUCUAUCCCAGUAGAGUAGUAAGUUCUUCUAUUGACCCCCGGCUCUGUGGUGCUCUAUCCCAGUAGAGUAGUAAGUUCUUCUAUUGACCCCCGGCUCUGUAGUACUCUAUCCCAGUAGAGUAGUAAGUUCUUCUAUUGACCACCGGCUCUGUGGUGCUCUAUCCCAGUAGAGUAGUAAGUUCUUCUAUUGACCCCCGGCUCUGUAGUGCUCUAUCCCAGUAGAGUAGUAAGUUAUUUUAUUGACCCCCGGCUCUGUAGUGCUCUAUCCCAGUAGAGUAGUAAGUUCUUCUAUUGACCCCCGGCUCUGUAGUGCUCUAUCCCAGUAGAGUAGUAAGUUAUUUUAUUGACCCCCGGCUCUGUAGUGCUCUAUCCCAGUAGAGUAGUAAGUUCUUCUAUUGACCCCCGGCUCUGUAGUGCUCUAUCCCAGUAGAGUAGUAAGUUCUUCUAUUGACCCCCGGCUCUGUGGUGCUCUAUCCCAGUAGAGUAGUAAGUUCUUCUAUUGACCCCCGGCUCUGUAGUGCUCUAUCCCAGUAGAGUAGUAAGUUCUUCUAUUGACCCCCGGCUCUGUAGUGCUCUAUCCCAGUAGAAUAGUAAGUUAUUUUAUUGACCCCCGGCUCUGUAGUGCUCUAUCCCAGUAGAGUAGUAAGUUCUUCUAUUGACCACCGGCUCUGUAGUGCUCUAUCCCAGUAGCGUAGUAAGUUCUUCUAUUGACCCCCGGCUCUGUAGUGCUCUAUCCCAGUAGAGUAGUAAGUUAUUUUAUUGACCCCCGGCUCUGUAGUGCUCUAUCCCAGUAGAGUAGUAAGUUCUUCUAUUGACCCCCGGCUCUGUGGUGCUCUAUCCCAGUAGAGUAGUAAGUUCUUUUAUUGACCACCGGCUCUGUGGUGCUCUAUCCCAGUAGAAUAGUAAGUUAUUUUAUUGACCCCCGGCUCUGUAGUGCUCUAUCCCAGUAGAGUAGUAAGUUCUUCUAUUGACCCCCGGCUCUGUAGUACUCUAUCCCAGUAGAGUAGUAAGUUCUUCUAUUGACCCCCGGCUCUGUAGUGCUCUAUCCCAGUAGAGUAGUAAGUUCUUCUAUUGACCCCCGGCUCUGUAGUGCUCUAUCCCAGUAGAGUAGUAAGUUAUUUUAUUGACCCCCGGCUCUGUAGUGCUCUAUCCCAGUAGAGUAGUAAGUUCUUCUAUUGACCACCGGCUCUGUAGUGCUCUAUCCCAGUUGCAUUAUAUUUCUAAUAGUCCUCCAUACACUUAUAUCAAUUAUAUAGGUUAUGUAAAUGAUAUACUGUAGAUGUGUUCCAAGCUGAUAGCAAGCCAUACUUCCCUCCCACUUCCUGCCAUAGGAUACUCAGGUCGUAAGCUGUUUAUUUUAAUUAAACAUUUUUAUUUAAACUUUAUUCAACUAUUUCAUACCCUAAAUUAAUAUGCAUACUUUUAGUUGUGUGUGUGUGGAUAUAUAUAUAUGUAUGUAUGUAUGUAUGUAUGUAUGUAUGUAUGUAUGUAUGUAUGUAUGUAUGUAUGUAUGUAUGUAUGUAUGUAUGUAUUUCUGUAUUGCUCAUUUGAUUUCUAAUCUAAAAAUGUGUUCCAAUCCACAAUUGAAUGUCUUCCUACUUCUGCCAGACCUGUGAAACCUAAUCAUUGGCAAUUGGGAGCCCUUGCCCUAACACGCGAAUCAAAUUAGAUUACAAAAUGAACUAAUAAAUUGCUUACUUAAAUUAAAGUUGUUUUCUUUCAUGAAGAUAUCCCCUAGGAAAAUGUCCCUGUGAAUACUGAAUGCAAUUCCAAUGUAUAAAGCGGUUAGUUAAUUUGACACAAUCUGAUUGGUUAACUUGUAGAACUUGAACAGAGAUCCAUAUGCUUAUAAAGGACUCUCCAUGUCCAAUAAUAACAUAAGCAUAUGAAGUUGCAGAUUGCAUGUCACACAACUUUCAAUAUAUGAUAUUAGAUGUGAUUUAUGUAUGUUUUACUCACCUUAAUCUAAUAGCUAUGUAUGUGUUAAGUUAUUUUGUCUUAAUUUUUUGGUCAAAUGUGUUUUCCUUGUGUUAGCUGUGACCACUGUGAUGGGCUAAUCUGCUGUAUGUCUUAUUUAUGGCUAAAUGUACAGAGAUGCAGCCUUGAUUCUGUAGUGGAUGCAAUAUCUGCCAUUCAGUCAUGCAUCUUGAUUGUGGAAUCUCUUUAGAUUGAGAGAAAUGGGGGACUAUUUUAGAAUUUCUAGUUUAAGAAAAAUGGGGGGCUAUUUUAGAAUUUCUAGUUUAAGAAACAUCGGGGGCUAUUUUAGGUGAUAAUUACUAACAUUUUGAGACAGCCAAGACCACAACAGCAAUCUCUGCUUACUCAUCCUCCCUCACCCAACAGGUUUUCAAAGAAGCUUUGUGCUGACAUUUUCCCCUUAUUUCUGUUAGGUGAACAAUACAAAAAAUGUUUUUAUCAAUUGCACUGUUUAAGAGAACAUCCUCAAGAGGUUAAAGAUUAAAUUAUAAAACUAUAAAUUAUAAUAAAGUAUAGAUUAUGUAAACUUUCAUAUAUUAAAGUAUAAACAUUUACUUUUUCAACUUGCACAGUUGAAACUGAAGCUCGUACCCGUGAGAUCUCAUUAACAGUGGAAUUAAAUGAGGAGUGAUGAACGGUCAAGGAUAAUUUCCUCAACAUUAUGGCGCAUCAUUUUAUCACUGGAUGACAUAGCAUCACAUAAUUGGUCAGGUUAUCAAAAUUAACAAUAUUCCAUUAAUGUGCGUAAUUAGUCAAAUACAUUUGAAUCUAUUUUUUUAUUUGUAUUAUUAUAAAUAUAUAUAUAUAUUACAUUUUCCUUUAUUGUUAAUUAAUACAUUUUUUACUUACCAUUUUCGAAACCAUUUGGCUGUUUUCUGGUGAGAGUUGUGACUUCAUUUCUACAUUAAGUUUUUAAAUGUUCUGAUUUUAAUCACGUAAAAACUGUUUGAUGGUAAUCUGGAUACUGUCAGACAUUAUUGCAGAUAUAAGUAGUGGAAGAUCAAAGAACUGCAGAAUUUUUUUAAUUUUAAUUUUAUGAUUACCCACAUAAUGCUCUCUAUACUCCUCUGUAAACUGGUCAUCCAUCUCUGUAUACCCGUCGCAAGACCCACUGGUUGAUGCUUAUUUAUAAACCCCUGUUAGGCCUCACACCCUCCCUAUCUGAGAUAUCUAUUGCAGCCCUCAUCCUGCACAUACAACACCCGUCCUGCCAGUCACAUUCUGUUAAAGGUCCCCAAAGCACACACAUCCCUGGGUCGCUCCUCUUUUCAGUUCGCUGCAGCUAGCGACUGGAACUAGCUGCAACAAACACUCAAACUAGACAGUUUUAUCUCAAUCUCUUCAUUCAAAGACUCAAUCAUGGACACUCUUACUGACAGUCGUGGCUGCUUUGUGUGAUGUAUUGUUGUCUCGACCUUCUUGUCCUUUGUGCUGUUGUCUGUGCCCAGUAAUGUUAGUACCAUGUUUUGUGCUGCUCCCAUGUUGUGUUGCUAUCAUGUUGUUGUUAUGUUGUGUUGCUACCAUGCUGUGUUGUCAUGUGUUGCUGCCUUGCUAUGUUGUUGUCUUAGGUCUUUAUGUAGCGUUGUGUCUCUGUUGUUGCGAUGUGUGUUUUGUCUUAUAUUUAUAUUGUAUUUAUUUUAGAUUUUUAAUCCCAGGCCCCCGUCCCCACAGGAGUCCUUUUGGUAGGCCGUCAUUGUAAACAAGAGCUUGUUCUUAACUGACUUGCCCAGUUAAAUAAAGGUUAAAUAAAAAAUACUAUUUCCCCAGGGCACAACGACAGUUAAACCACUUAAUGUAAGCGACCCGUGGUGUCGUCUAGCCAUCUCUGCACACUGUACCUGCGUCAGUUCUUAUUACACAUGGCUAAGCUCAUCUUCCAGAGUAAUCGUUCAUCUCAAAAUGAGAAUGCUAAUAUUUUGACGAGAAAUGUUUGCAUUGUCGACCUUGGCGAAGACAAAAAAGUUUUAAAAGUUAAGCUCCUCGGCUGUGGAUGUGGGGUAGAAAUGGGGAGCGGGAGAAAUAGAUUUGCUUAAAUGUUCUAAUACACUCCUGAAUUCUAAACCUGUACAUGAUAGAAUAUGACACAACAGCUCCAGAGAUUGUUUUCUGAUAUUGUUUUUUUGCUAUUGUGUUACAUUAUUUUGUUUCAAGCCAUGUGGGCAGAAGAGGUGAAGGAGAGAGGAUGAUCCCUUUCAAAUAAUAGGUUGUUUUUUUAUCUUUUUAGGUUUAGUUCUGUAUCACUUCAUGUUUCAUGUCACUCCCAUCUUGCUAUAGAAAAAUAUCUUCUAACCCCUCUUCAAAUAGAUUGCCCAUUCCUGA